AUGGCGAGCGCUUUAAUAUCGAACCCGUACGCUGCCCAGCAGAGCACACACUACGGAUACGUUCAACCUCCUCAGCCUCCCCCGUCGCCCCCCAUGGACGAGACAUCAAAGUGCUCUCUCCCCUCAAUCUCAAAUCUCCUUGGCCUUGCCGACCAAGGCUCGCCCACAUCAGAGACUCAUCCUCAAAUCCCUCAACAAGGUACGGAUUGGACGGACUACCACCAACAUAGCAACAGCUACACCACCGGCAGAAGACUGACUCUCGAAACAGCGUCCUCUCAAAAGUCCGAGACGAGGCCAAACUCCUCUCACUAUGGCCGCGGUGGUCUUCCUCCCACGCCUCCCAUGAGCUCUGAUGCCUCUUUCGAUGGUUACAACUCGCCCUCAACAAGAUCUGUCAGCCAUCUCUCCGUUGUCUCUCAACCCCAGAGCAACUACUACUACGAGUCAACGCCUCCUCUGGAGGCCGACGCCCACCGCCACAUGGCUCCUAUGGUCUCGAGAGUCCCCGUCCCGGCCUCAUACGCCCAGCAGCCAUUCCCGCCUGCGUACAUGCCCGCUCACAACCCCAUGGCUGCGUCCUACUACCCUCCCAUGCAGCCCACGCCUCCUCCUCAGGCUCAGAUCUCCGGCAUCUACUACCAGCGCCCCCUUCCUCAGCAGUUCCCGCCCAUGGCUCCUGUGCCCGUCGGUCUUGGGCCUGCUGGCUCCAACCCGUGGCAACACCACCACUACAUCUCCCCCUCCUCCGCUGCCUCUUUCCCUCAGAGCCAAGAUCGCUACAUCUGCCAGACGUGCAACAAGGCCUUCUCCCGCCCCUCGUCCCUCCGCAUCCACAGCCACUCCCACACGGGCGAGAAGCCCUUCAAGUGCCCGCACGCCGGCUGCGGCAAGGCCUUCAGCGUUCGCAGCAACAUGAAGCGCCACGAGCGAGGUUGCCACAGCUUCGAGAGCGGUAGCAACUAG